UCGGGGAUCACCUAGCAACCCCAGGAGCCUGUCCCCAUCACUGAGGCUGAUCACCUAGCAACAGGAGGCCUGUCCCCAUCACUGAGGUUGAGGGGACUGAGGACGAAGCCCGGCAGGCCGCAGCGCCAGACAGGACCAAAGCAGCAGAAUCGGAGACAGGAGAAACAUCAACAACAUCCACAUCAACCCCAGCCCCACCAGAUACCCACUGUGGAGGAAGAGGAGGAGGAGGAAGAGGAGAGGAGGCAGUAACCAUCAACCUCAAGCCCUCGAACGCCUACGAGUUCAACCAGUCCCUGAACGCAGCGCGGACCCAGUCCGACCUCCCAGCCUGCGCUGAGCUGCUGAGCUGUGUUCCCCCUGAGACUCUGCCCGUCUACCUCAGUAAUCAGCUGGAUGGACACACGGUCAGCUUUGUUAUGCAGGCCCUGGAAACACAGCUCUUACGGAAGGAGCCUAACUUAGUCUACCAGCACCUCAACCACCUACAUACUGCUGACAGGUUCUCGGUCGUCGUGAUGCUCCUGGAGAAGAGUGAACGUGAUCAGAUGACUCGACUGUUUGACCGUCUGUCCGCCGUGGACAGUGAUGCCUUCAGUAAGAACGACGUGCAGAACCUGGCCAACAAGUACAUCUGACCUCGUCUGGCCCUGCUGGAGCACGUCCCAAAUAGGCCCCUAUUUACCUAGUGCACUAUGGAGGGAAUAAGGCGCCAUAAUGGGACGGUCGUAAGACGCCUAUCAACAUCGCAAGCCGACUUUAAAAACGAAUCCAGACUGGAAAAAUCACCUUUCCGUCAUAAAUAAAGACUAAAUAUUAUUUUGGUAGGUCAAGUCUUAAUUUACCCAUGAUUACAUCGCGUUGUUUUGAUGAUGUUCUCGAACUCGACCCCUUCGUUCUGGCGUGCACCUUCCUGUCGUACGCCGAAGCGUCCCGACGUAACAGACAGGAUCUAUGCAACGUUGGACAACACGACUCAGAAGCUGCUGAACGUACUGGGGAGCGUUAUGGACCCAAAACCCACCUCUUUCUUUCUCUCAAGUUCUCUCGGUAUAAUAUCACGUCUCUACCUACUGUUACUAGGUAUCUCUCUCUCCAAAUACCUUUUAUAAUAUCACAUCUCUACCUACUGUUACUAGGUCUCUCUCUCUCUCUCUCUCUCUCUACCAGACCAUUCUCUCUCUCUCUCUCUCUCUCUCUCUCUCUCUCUCUCUCUCUCUCUCUCUCUCUCUCUCUCUCUCUCUCUCUCUCUCUCUCUCUCUCUCUCUCUCUCUCUCUCUCUCUCUCUCUCUCUCUCUCUCUCUCUCUCUCUCUCUCUCUAAAUACCUUUUAUAAUAUCACAUCUCUACCUACUGUUACUAGGUAUCUCUCUCUCCCUCUCUCUCUCUCUCUCUCUCUCUCUCUCUCUCUCUCUCUCCAAAUACCUUUUAUAAUAUCACAUCUCUACCUACUGUUACUAGGUAUCUCUCUCUCCCUCUCUCUCUCUCCCCCUCUCUCUCUCACACACACACACACACACACACACACACACACACACACACACACACACACACACACACACACACACACACACACACACACACACACACACACACACACACACACACACACAACCUGGAAGUGUUUUAGCUUUAGUUGACUGGCAAGUAAAUGUUGAAAUGCUGUGAACUAUUUAGCUUUUAAAACAUUGAUUCAUAGGUCCAAUGUACAAGAUAUCUUUCAAGCAUUCCCCUUCUGGGUCCGUGUGCUGCGUCCAGGUCCAUUCUCCAGGCUGGCAGAACCAUUAAAAUAAAAAAAAAGACAGAUAACACCCAUAACAAUGUAUGACUACUUUUCCAGGCGGUUUGACUGGCCAAUAGAGGUUGAUUUGUACCCGGGUUAGAAAUUUAAAAAAAAAAAUGGGGAAGGGGGACAAUGAAUUCCAAGCUAGGAGACAUAACGACUUGAAUUGACUGGGCUAGCGUUAGCCCCAGAUGCUAUUCAGAAAAACAACACUUUGUAUUACAGCUUUUACCAUCCUGAUAUUAAAGUAGAUUAACGCAUGCUGCAUAUCAGAAUAUUAACCAAGUGUAUAACAAUCCAAAAAAAAAACUAUUUCCUCUGGGGGUUCAAGGAGUCUUUACCAUCCAUUCUCUGUCUAGAAAUACAAUGCUAGUUUUGGAAGUUGCCUCAGUUCUGUGUAUGAAAACAAUGAUGAAUGAAGCAACUUACAAUGUGCACAAUACUAAAUGGGUAUUAUACAGUACUGCAAUUCAAGGUAAAUGCAAAGUAAUUGUGUAAAAACAUUUGUCUUUUGAAGAAAUGACCAGAAGUUAUGAAAAUGCCCCAGCCAGUCAGCCAGCCAGCCAGCAGAGCACCCUUCCAUCUGCAGUAAUCAGAAGUAUAAUGCUCUGUAACAUGCAGCCAGCCAGCCAGUCAGCCAGCCAGCCAGCCAGUGGAGCACCCUUCCAUCUGCAGUAAUCAGCAGUCUAAUGCUCUGUAACAUGCAGCCAGCCAGCCAGCCAGCCAGCCAGCCAGCCAGCCAGUCAGCAGAGCACCCUUCCAUCUGCUCACAGUGGAGAGAAGACAAGCAGCAUCUUUGUCAGAUGUGCCUUUGGAGUUCAGCUUUUGGAUCUACACUGUUCUGUUGUGUACCCAUUUCAGAUGUUCUGUUGUGUACCCAUUUCAGAUGUUCUGUUGGGUACCCAUUUCAGAUGUUCUGUUGUGUACCCAUUUCAGAUGUUCUGUUGGGUACCCAUUUCAGAUGUUCUGUUCUGUUGGGUACCCAUUUCAGAUGUUCUGUUCUGUUGGGUACCCAUUUCAGAUGUUCUGUUGGGUACCCAUUUCAGAUGUUCUGUUCUGUUGGGUACCCAUUUCAGAUGUUCUGUCGUGUACCCAUUUCAGAUGUUCUGUUCUGUUGGGUACCCAUUUCAGAUGUUCUGUCGGGUACCCAUUUCAGAUGUUCUGUUGGGUACCCAUUUCAGAUGUUCUGUUGGGUACCCAUUUCAGAUGUUCUGUUGUGUACCCAUUUCAGAUGUUCUGUUGGGUACCCAUUUCAGAUGUUCUGUUGUGUACCCAUUUCAGAUGUUCUGUUGGGUACCCAUUUCAGAUGUUCUGUUGUUCUGUUGGGUACCCAUUUCAGAUGUUCUGUCGUGUACCCAUUUCAGAUGUUCUGUUGUUCUGUUGUGUACCCAUUUCAGAUGUUCUGUUGUGUACCCAUUUCAGAUGCCCAUUUCAGAUGUUCUGUUGGGUACCCAUUUCAGAUGUUCUGUUGGGUACCCAUUUCAGAUGUUCUGUUGGGUACCCAUUUCAGAUGUUCUGUUGUGUACCCAUUUCAGAUGUUCUGUUGGGUACCCAUUUCAGAUGUUCUGUUGGGUACCCAUUUCAGAUGUUCUGUUGUUCUGUUGGGUACCCAUUUCAGAUGUUCUGUCGUGUACCCAUUUCAGAUGUUCUGUUGUUCUGUUGUGUACCCAUUUCAGAUGUUCUGUUGUGUACCCAUUUCAGAUGUUCUGUUGGGUACCCAUUUCAGAUGUUCUGUUGUUCUGUUGGGUACCCAUUUCAGAUGUUCUGUCGUGUACCCAUUUCAGAUGUUCUGUUGUUCUGUUGUGUACCCAUUUCAGAUGUUCUGUUGUUCUGUUGUGUACCCAUUUCAGAUGUUCUGUUGUGUACCCAUUUCAGAUGCCCAUUUCAGAUGUUCUGUUGGGUACCCAUUUCAGAUGUUCUGUUGGGUACCCAUUUCAGAUGUUCUGUUGUGUACCCAUUUCAGAUGCCCAUUUCAGAUGUUCUGUUGUUGCAGAUUUAAAAACAUUUAAAAUGA